AUGGCCAGGAAGAAGCGGGUAGAAUCGGACGAUGAUAGUGAUUUCAGCUCAGAUGAUGAGAAACCCAAGAGGAAGCCGGCGAAGAAACGACAUUCUUCGCCAACAAAAUCUCCUCCAGGUCUCAAGAGGAAGCAGGCCAAACCCAAUACACCGGCCAAGGGUAGCAAAGGUCUUUCGAAGGACAACAAGAAAAAAGCAGAACAGAAGCAAGGAGGCAGUUCUUCUGAAGAAGAGAACGAGUUCGUCGAAGAAUUUGAAAGUGAGGAUUUGCUGAGAAUGCAACUUUUUUUUCAGAAUUUUACCGCUAUCAUCGGUCCCAACGGUUCAGGGAAGAGUAAUGUUAUUGAUUCCUUAUUAUUCGUCUUUGGCUACAAGGCCUCAAAAAUUCGUUCCAAAAAGCUUUCCGUGCUCAUACAUUCCUCUAGAGGUCAUGACGACAUAAAUAGCUGCUCUGUCGAAGUAUUUUUCGAGCAGAUUAUUGACAAGGAUGGCCACUUUGAAGUUGUUGAUGGCAGCGAGUUCAGUGUUUCGCGGACUGCGUACAAAAACAACAAUAGUGUGUACGCUUGGAACGGCAAAACAAUGUCCAUAAAAGAGAUCGCUGUUCGCCUGAGAGAUCUUGGAAUCGACCUGGUUCACAAUCGUUUCCUUAUUCUGCAGGGAGAAGUGGAGCAGAUUGCUAUGAUGAAACCUAAGGGUGAAAAUGCUCAUGAAGAAGGCAUGCUGGAAUACUUGGAGGACAUCAUAGGUUCUAGCCGUUUUCGGGUACCCAUAGAGAAGUUAUCUGCGAAGGUAGAAACUUUGAAGGAACAGCGGUCUCAAGCUUUACAGAGAGUUCGAGCGGCUGACAGAGAAAAGGUUGCUCUGGAGGCACCGGUCCGUGAAAUGAUAUCAUACCUCAAAGCCGAAAAUCACGCUGUACUUCUAAGAAAUCAGCUCUUCCACAUCAAACUUUUCAAAAUUCUGGAGGAGGUCGAGGCAGUUCAACCUCUUCGUGAUGCUGCGUACGAGAAAAAGGCUGAAGUACCCAUAGAGAAGUUAUCUGCGAAGGUAGAAACCUUGAAGGAACAGCGGUCUCAAGCUUUACAGAGAGUUCGAGCGGCUGACAGAGAAAAGGUUGCUCUGGAGGCACCGGUCCGUGAAAUGAUAUCAUACCUCAAAGCCGAAAAUCACGCUGUACUUCUAAGAAAUCAGCUCUUCCACAUCAAACUUUUCAAAAUUCUGGAGGAGGUCGAGGCAGUUCAACCUCUUCGUGAUGCUGCGUACGAGAAAAAGGCUGAAGUUGAUAAGGCUCUGAAGGACGUGCUUGACGCUCGUGAAGCGGAUAAUGAUCGACUUGAGGCUGCUCAGAAAAAUGAGGCGCAAGUUCGUGGAGAAGAGAAGGCCGUUCGUGAUGAGAUCGGUGCGCUUGAGCGAUCGUCUAAAGCGCGAGCAAAUACCAUGAAGAGAAACGUGGCCGACAUUUCUCGUGUAGCGGACGAAAUUGAGAAGGAAAAGCAAAAGCUUGAGGAGUUGAAAGGGGUUCCAGCGAGAGCUGCGGCUAGAUUGGAAGUCCUCAAGGCUUCUAUUGCUGAAUUGAACGAGCUUGAACGCGAUAACAUCAAAAAGGCUGACGACAAUCGUGACAAAUUCGAUCGCAAGGCCGGUCCCGAGAAAGCUGAAAGAGCACGUCUUGAGGAAGAAAUGGGAGUGCUUGUUUUGAAGGAAGUCGACGCCAAGAACAAAAUUCAUAUUGCAAAGGAGACGCUCAAGAACAUGACUCACGAGGAGACUAAACUCAGGAAGCGGCUGACUGACUUUCAGAAUAAUCUUUCCACUUGGAAGGAGGAACUUGAGAAGAAAACGGGAGAAAUGGAUGAGUUGAAAGUGUCACUCCCUCGGGUUCAAGAAGAACUCGCCCAAGCUCGAGCUUCUCUUCCAGGGAUAAAGGAAAAAGAAGACAAGCUCAUGGAAGAGGUUAAUGUACUGCGUGCGAAGGUUUCUGAAGACAAGCAGCUCGUAUCUUCUGGCAUCGCUGGAACGGAGCGUCAGAAAGCGCUGGCCAAAGCUAAAAGCGAAGGGCUACUCAAAGGUCUGAUUGGAAGACUAGGAGAUCUCGGCACUAUUGACAAGAAGUAUGACGCAGCCAUUUCUACGACGACAGCAGCAUUGGAUUCAUAUGUCGUUGAGUCAACCAAUGACGGUCAUGAGGCUAUUGAUUAUCUCGUGAAGAAGAACCUGGGUCGCACCAAUUUCAUAAUUCUGGACAAGACAAAUGAAUUUAGAGAUAGCAUGGAUACGAGGAAGAAAUUCCCUGCACCGCGUUUGUUUGAUCUCAUUGACAUUCCUGACCCACGUCUUAGAAAAGUUUUCUACUCAACAGUUUUUGAUACUCUCGUCGUCGAUACGUUAAAAGAAGCCACUGAACUCUCGUGCAAAGAUCGAUCGCUGCGCAUUGUGACACUCCUUGGGCAGGUAGUCGAUAGCUCUGGUACCGUGUCAGGUGGAGGUGCGCCAAAAUAUGGACUUAUCGGUAAUAAAGAAAAAGGAAAAGCAGAUCAAGCACUUCGUGAUGCGCAAGGUAGACUGCCGGCACUGGUCAAGGAAUUAGACGAAAAGAGUGAAAAGCUAGCGGAAACAUCCCAAGCUUGCCGUCAGAUGGAGCAGCGUAUUUUCGCCCUGAGCAACGAUGCAAAUCGGCUGCGCACACAGUACAAUGCUUGCGACAAUGAAAUCCUUAAACUCACUGAACGAAUUUCUCAUAUGGAGAAACAAGUGGUCUACGUCAAUGAACAGCUGCAGAAAAAUCUUGCUGAUGAAGAUGAAGUUGCUGCGAAGAAAGCUGAAAUUGAAGCAGCUACUAUCGAGAGGGAAGCAUGUGCCAAGGAAGUUGCUGCAGCUAAGGCCAAAGUUGAUGUUGUGGCUGCAAAAGUCAAGUCCAUAUUCCAUGAAUUCGUACAGAAAUAUCUCGAUGAAGCAGACACUGCGAAGAAGCGAAGACAAGAAAUAGAGGAACAGGCAGUAAAGGAACGAGUUAGCAUAGACUUGAACGAGCACAAUAUGGAGAAGGUACAAAAUAGGAUCAAAUUUCUCGAAAAAUCACUGGCUGAAAAGAAGGCUAAGGAAAAGAAGCUACUAGAGGAAGAGGAGAGCUCUCCCAAACAGCUUACUCAACUUAAAUCUCAGCAAGCUGAAUUAAAGAGAAAACUCGAGGAGAUUGAGGAGUUCCUGAAGAACACACGGCAACGAAGGGAGGAUUUCAAUCGCGACGAGCUGAAAUAUCUCAAAGAACUCAAGAUCUGCACGGAUGAUCUAGCUGAAAAGGAAGCCAGUUUGAAAGCUCUUAAUGUGGAGGUUGACAAGUUGAAAAAACAAAUGGACGCCUUGACAUUACAUCAGACUCAAGACUUUGAUAUCAUUCCUAAAGCUGCCAAACCACGUCAUGGAGACGACUCAUUGGAUGAUUCGUUGUUGGGGGACCUAGCUCCAGUUGAGAAAGAGACUGAGAAAAAAGGAAAGAAGCGUGACAAGAGGAAAGGUGGUGAUGCUGAAGAGGAAUACCUGGAAUCUCCUGAUGGAACAGUACCCAAGUUGACUAAGGAAGACGUGGCCAGUCUCGACAGAGAGCACAUUAAGUUUACAUUAACAAAUCUUGAACAGAGACAACUCUCCACUCGAACGGACAUCAACAUGCAUGUCAUUCAUGAUUAUAAGGAAAAGUUGAAGAAACUUGAGGCAGAGCGAGCUGUUCUCGACGCGGCCAGGGAAACCAUGGAAGAACAUAUGGCUGUGCUGGAUAAUAUGCGGAGGGAUCGACUAGUCGAAUUCAUGGAUGGCUUCGAACGGAUAGGACUCGGCCUAAAGGAAAUGUAUCAAAUGAUCACUCUCGGUGGCGAUGCUUCCUUGGACCUCAAAGAUUCGAUGGAUCCGUUCACUCAGGGAAUUCAAUUCAUGGUUCGCCCUCCAAAGAAGUCAUGGAAACAGAUAGAGAAUCUGUCUGGUGGAGAGAAAACCCUGGCAUCGCUCUCGUUGGUUUUCGCUCUUCAUCACUAUAGACCAACGCCGCUAUAUGUGAUGGACGAAAUCGACGCAGCUCUAGACUUCAAAAAUGUCUCGAUAAUCGCGCAUUACAUCAAGGAUCGUACCAAAAAUGCACAGUUCGUCAUUAUUUCUCUGCGGAACAACAUGUUUGAGCUAGGUGAUCGAUUGAUUGGAAUCUAUAAGACUUUCGACCGAACUCAAAAUGUAGUCGUUGAUCCACCACAAGUUAUCAAUGUGCAAGUGGAAUGUGCACGUCGAGAUCAAUUGGUGUUGACUAGGAGCAGUUCAACAUCUGAUGACGAGGAUCGGAUGGAGGUCGAAGCCAUUGCUGGCAAGCCGACUCAGUUAGCUAUCUGCCCUCCGCCUAGGUCUGAUUCGUCUGGUGACAAUAAGGAGUCUUUUGAGAACACGCCGGAACCAUCGCGUGCAAGUAGCAGUGCUAGCAGCUCGCAACAGCACCGACUAGCUCCUAUCCAAGAAACUCAUGAAACAGAUUCGCAGAAUUGA